UUCACAAUUAGAGGCACAGCAAGGUAGAAACCUACAUAGUUAUACCAUGGCAACAAUAGGGAAAUCAUCUUUUCUCUUGGAAACCUUAGUAAUUGUCAUGUUUAUUUCUUCAACAAUAUCACAAUCGUCCAUUCAAAAUUUUCUCAACUGUCUUUCUCAUAAUUCUCAUGCUUCUGAUGUCACUUACACACCAAACAACACCUCAUUCUCAACCAUCCUCAACAUGAAGAUACAAAAUAAGAGAUUUAAAACAGCAACAACACCAAAGCCUUUGGCAAUUAUAACCACAAAAGAUGCUUCUCAUGUGCAAGCAACGGUUAUAUGUGCCAAAAGUAACAAUAUUCAAAUCAGAAUCCGAAGCGGUGGUCAUGACUAUGAAGGUUACUCAUAUGUAUCGUACGUGCCUUUUGUUAUAAUUGACUUGUUUCAUCUUAAUUUAGUUGAUGUCAAUUUACAAGAAGAAACAGCUUGGGUUGAAUCAGGCGCAACACUUGGUAAAAUUUACUAUACCAUUGCAAAGAAAAACAAUUCUCUUGCUUUCCCUGCCGGGGUAUGCUUUACCGUAGGCGCUGGGGGUCAUUUUUCUGGUGGUGGGUAUGGAAAUUUGAUGAGAAAAUUUGGUCUCUCUGUUGAUAAUAUCAUUGAUGCAAACAUUGUUGAUGUCAAUGGUAAUAUUCUUGAUAGAAAAUCCAUGGGAGAAGAUCUUUUUUGGGCUAUAAGAGGUGGUGGUGGUGCUAGUUUUGGUGUUAUUCUUUCAUGGAAACUUAAAUUGGUUAAAGUUCCUCCACAAGUUACUGUUUUCAAUGUGAAGAGGAAUAUGCAUGAAGGUGCAAGUGAUGUUGUUUACAAAUGGCAAUUAAUUGCACCAAAAUUAGAUAAAGAUCUUUUCAUUAGAGUGCAACAUUAUAAUGUAGGUCAAAUUGGUAAAGGAGGUAAAAAGACAGUGCAAGUUAGUUUCAUUGGUCAAUUUUUAGGGACAAUUGAAAGACUUUUACCUUUGGUGAGUGAAAGUUUCCCUGAAUUAGGUUUGAAAAAGAGUGAUUGUUUUUCAAUGCCUUGGAUUAAUACAACUCUUUUUUGGUUUGAUAAACCAAUUGGUAGGACUCCACUUGAAGCAUUGUUGGAUGAACCAAAAGAGCCUCGAAUAGUUUAUUUCAAAAGUCAAUCAGAUUACGUGAAGAAACCUAUUUUAAAGGAAGCUAUAGAAUCUAUAUGGAAAAAGAUGAUUGAAGGAGAUACUUUGUUUAUGCAAUGGAAUCCUUAUGGAGGAAGGAUGGAGGAGAUAUUGCCGUCAGAAACUCCUUUUCCUCAUCGAUCUGGGAAUUUGUUCUUAAUUGGAUAUCUAAAUAAUUGGAUUGACGAAUCUCCUGAGUCUAUUGAACGUCACAUGAACUUUUCAAGAUCAUUUCAUGAAUUCAUGACACCCUAUGUUUCUGAUAAUCCGAGGGAAGCAUUCCUCAACUAUAGAGAUAUUGAUAUUGGUGCUAAUCAUCUAAGUAAUAGUUCAAAAAUUGAUAUUGCUAGAAGUUAUGGAUACAAGUAUUUCAAAGAAAAUUUUGAAAGACUAGUCACUGUGAAAACUAGAAUUGAUCCUGAGAAUUUUUUCCAAUUUGAACAGGGUAUACCUACUAGUAGGGAUAUAUCUAUGACCAAUAAUGUGGGGGUAAUUUCCCCUACAAACCCAUACAAACUUGUUUAUUUUCUUAUUGCCUUUUCCACAGUUUUCAAUUUAUUGUUUCUAUUAAAAAUUAUGUAUUAUCCUCACUUAAAAUUUUGCAACAUUUUAUAUGUGAAAAAUUAA